AUGGCAGCAACACUCUCUGUGUCGGACCAGAUUCGACAGCUCGACGAUGCACGAAAGCUGGUUUUGGGAGACGUCAAAUACUACCCCAGUGUCGUCAAAGGAAUAUUGCCCAUCAUCGGACCUAGCGCACCACUCGAGCUGCGGAGAUGGGGCGCCGAAUUUCUUGCUGAAGCUUUCGCGACGCCAGCUUUACCAAAUGGAGAGAAAGAAACAAUGCAACCUUAUGUUUUACCAACAUUGGAAUCCCUGCUUGAGAAUGAGCGAGAGGACCCUCAAGUCCUGCGCAGUGUGAUUCAAUGCGUUGCCAGUAUUUAUCCCUUGGCGAUGCGGUGGAUCAUAAAUAACGGUUACGACACAAUCACUUGGGAAAGAAUGGUGGCUGUGAAGCAAAAGGUUUUGAGAAUAUGGGACAAUGCUGGUCCCACUGUGAGAAUCUGCUGCAUCAAGUUUGCGCAACGUGUGGUUCUUGCGCAAACUGCUGCCACCGGUUCUGAAUUAAGAUAUGGCGGUACGCUCGAUGUUUCUCUGGAUAAAGUCCCUUCGAACCACCAGUCCCUCGACCCUAGGAAUCUAGAGGCUGAGGCGUCGGGGCUUUUGGACCGAAUGCUGGGCGCCCUACUGGAAAGCAGCGAUGCUCUGAUUGUAGAUGCGACCUUGAACUGCAUGUCUAUCAUCAUAAGAGCGCGUCCAGCUACAUCAAAUCGAAUCAUCAAUGCCCUCCUUGGUUUUAACCCCCUCAAGCUUGCCAACUCCCCCCUUACACCGAAGAGCCGGGUCAUGAUUAGGUCGAUGGAGAAGACAACUCGCAUGCUGCUGAUUCACCUUGUAAAACGAGAUCCCCACAACCCGAUGGCUCCCAGAAUACAGCAGCACGUAGAACGUAUGAUGCGUACCAUGGCCGACAUUUUUGACAAUUCUGGACACAAGCGCCCCCUUGAACCGCCACCUCAGGACGAGUACGAGGCCAAACGGCCACGGCUGUCUCCAGCGCAAAUCCAGAUACCACCACUGGGUCCAAGCCCACACAGUCUAGCCGACAUUUUCACCCUUAUCGACAACAGUGCUCUCAAGAACUUUGAUAUUUCGCAAGUUCCCGCGCCCCUGGUUGCCAGAAUUGCCGUCACAACACUGGCGAGGCUAGAUCCCCAAGUACUGUCCAAGGCAGUUGAUGGCAUCCGUAGCCGCCUCGAUACCCUUGCCAGUGCUCCAGUACCUGAGCUGAAUCCUAACACAGCUCCGUUGGGUGUGGAAGAAGACGAUGAUGACUAUGAACCUGAUUUCUAUCAAGCGGAGGAUACAGAGCAAAUUCUUAACAAGCUAGAUAGCUCGCCGACCCAUGAAGCACCAUUGUUGGACGAUGGUCUUGCCUUGAAGUCAUUCCACCUGCACCAGCCUAGUGCCCUGACACCAGAAGCGGCAUUGACAGCAGGUAAUGGCACAGUGACCCGGGUCAUUGAGAUGAUGAAAUCUAUGGAAGAGCCAGCAAAGAAAAGCAAGGCUGGUUUCAGCAGACUGGCAGCUAGCUCUGGCAACCGGGACUCGUGGAUGACAAUUCUAGCGCGACUCGCUACUCGCUCCGUGGCUGGCCUGGAAGAGACGACCAUCAAGGAUGAAGGCGGCUCGCUAACACACCAAUCCCUCAGCAGCAACAUUCGCGACGUCCUAUAUUCCUACGUGAUGGAGGACUUCCGCAAGCAUAUCGAUGUAGCAGUCUCUUGGCUCUGCGAGGAGUGGUACAACGAUAAGCUACAGCAGAAGAAGGGCGGCGAUCGGCCUCUAUACUACGAAAAGUGUUGCCUGCGGCUGAUUGAUGGUUUUCUACCAUACCUUCAUCCCCAGGAUAAGGUCUUGACACGUUUCUUGAGCGAGAUACCUGAUCUGAACAAGAACGUUCUGUCACGGGUGAAACACAUGUGUCGCGACCCCAGUGUUGUUCAGUUGGCUCUGACAAGUCUAUUGUACUUGAUCAUGAUGCGACCACCUGCCAAAGAGAUUGCAUUAGAUACAGUGCAAGACAUUUGGACCGAAUUUGAGGAAGCAAGACCUGUGGCAGGCAAAUAUCUAUCUAAAUAUCGCCCGUCUUUCAUGGAAGCUGCACAAAUUGGUGCUGGUAAUAGUUCGGGACAGUCUGCAUCAACCGCUAUUACCGCUUGA